CUUGUCAAAAUGUGACCCGUCACGGAAGGAAUGAUACCAUGUGGCACAGACGGAGAAUUGUCCCUUUGCUCCUUCAAGGUCUAAAGAUUAGCAGCAGGCGUUGAGCGCAAGCAAGUGAGAGUGACACCUCUUUAAUUUUCGAAGCCUUCUACUUUUCCCGCCGUUUCUUGGUUCCCAAACACAGGUCUCACUCAUCAAAUCAAUCUUUGAUUACUACGACUUAGCAUCAUCAUUCGCCUAUUCAAUUGAUGGAAGCUCUGUACGCUAAGCUCUACAAUAAGUAUGAUGCGCUGAAGAAGAAAAGGAUGUCUGAGUUGGAUGAGAUCAAUAAAGAUCAAGAAUUAAAGUUUUUGAAUUAUGUAACAGCUGCAGAAGAGCUGAUACAACAUUUGAAAGUUGAAAAUGACAGGCUGCAUGAACAAGUUGGUGAAUUGAGAAAUCAGGUUGCUUCAAUAAGGUCUACCAAAGACAAUGAAUAUGCACAAUACCAAAAGCUGUUAAUGGAAGAGAACCAGAAGAACGAAAUGCUUUCCAAGGAAGUUGGGAGGCUUCAAAAGCUCCAAGAGCAACUUUUUUCUAGUUCAAAGGAUUACAAUAAUGAUAAUAUGCAGCAGAAUAUUCUUGAAACUGCUCAAGUUACGCCAGGAAAGAUGACCAGUGACUCAAUAAGAAGAAUAACGAGAAAGCGCAGCCGAGAUGAUGGAACUCAGAUGGAAGGUGUUGGUACUCCUGGUCAAAUUGAUCACAAUGAUUUAUUGGUAAGGGAAUCAGCACAGGGCUCAUCAAGGGAAACUUUGUCCAUUGUGGAUCUGGAAAGUGAGCAGCAGCCUGAAUGUUGUAAAAGAACUGUUUGCAAAUCAGUCAAUGGUGUCAUGAAUGAUAGUGGUUCUACCAACUGCCAGUUUCAAGCUCUUAUUGAAUACUUACUGGGCAUGAAAUUUUCUAGUAUGAACCAAACUGAAGGAAUAUGCAUUUCAGCUCUGCAUCAAUCAAGUGGUUACUCAUUCAGUCUAACAUGGGUAAAGAGGGCUGGUGCAGAAGAACCAGAGCUGCUAUACCGUGUGUCAACAUUAGGGACAUUUGAGAGGGUAGCACCAGAGUGGAUGAGAUCGGUCCUGAUGUUCAGCACAAGCAUGUGCCCAAUCUUCUUUGAAAGGGUAUCCCGCGUUAUCAAGAUGCAUCACUGAUGGUUCUUUCUUAUUUGCUUCGUUGGCGGUGCUGCUAAUAUCUAUUGAUUUUCUUAACAUUGUAAGCGCGGAGAACUUUUAAGGAUAGGACUUGCACAAAGGGAUUCAACUUAUCUUUUGUGCCUACUUGUCAUGGAAUGUAUUUUAAUAGAAGCCAAACUUUACUAACAUGACAUUCAACCUAUUAAGUGUAGCAAUGCCUAGUCGGAACUCUUUCCAAUGCAAAUAUCGAGGUUCGAGCAUUUCCGAGUACUGUUUUAUUAUAGUAACUUGUAAAAUUUGUGGUGUAGAGAUUCUCCUUUUGUAAUAAAUUUUACUAGCGACUUCCGUCA